AGCCACUGGGUACAUCAGAAGCGGUCCAAGCCCGACCUGAGACUAAAACUACGUUGACAAAAUCUGAGGAACGAUAUAUCUUUAAUUCAAUUUGUACCAUUAUUUGCACUGGAGAUAAGAAAACUUACAGGCAUGGACAGCAGACUAGUCCUCACUCUCCUGUUUGUGAUGCUGACUGGGUGUUUCAUGGGCACUUAUGCUCAAAACAAUACAACCAGUGUGACUCCAGCAAGCAGCACAAACACUACCAGCAGCAACACCAACACCACCUCCAACACCAACACAACAGCACCAUCCAGCAACACCAGCACAUCAGCAACAACCAGUACGAACUCAUCGGCCCCAAAUGCUACCAGCAUCACAACACCAUCCAGCAACAACACCAUCACCAAUGCCAGCAGCAACACCGGCACCAACACCACCACCCCACCACCAUCCAACACCACUGCAGCUCCAACAACACCUGCCCCACUAGUGCCUAACAGUAAUGUGACAAUUGUUAAUGACUCUCUUACUAAAGAUAAUUGUAGCAAGACACAGCUGUGUGUUUCUCAGCCCUCUGGCUGCGACCCCUCCAGUGGGACAUGUUUCUUCCUUGGUGCCCAACAGCAGGGAGGUCAAAAUUUUAGGUUUUCACUCACAGGAGACUCAGACGGCUACGUUGCUCUCAUCCUGUCACGUAACACUACACAGGGAACCAAUGACACAACCUACAUCUGUGCAAAUAACAAUGGUGUAGUCAAAUUCUUCAGUGCUCUUCUGAACAACGGCAAGCUGACUCUCACAACGCUUAAUGUCAACACUGUGAGGGGCAAAGUCAGUGGAAAGAACAUCCAGUGUCAAUUUGAUGCCACAGUACCAGACUCUACUAGCACCAAAACGAGAGCAGACACAAGCACUACAAGUUUCUCAAUGUCAGUCUCCAAUGGAACUUACAAUGCCGCUUCUGAUUCUUUGGGGAGCCCUGUUUUCCAAAUAAGAACUAAUGUGGUAGAACUGGGAAAUGUUAAUGCCACUAUCAAUAAUCAGAUUAAUUCCAACACCACAGCACCAUCCAACACGACUGCAGCUCCAACAACACCUGCCCCACUGGUGCCUGACAGUAAUGUGACAAUUGUUAAUACCUCUAUUACUAGAGAUAAUUGUAGCAAGACACAGCUGUGUGUUUCUCAGCCCUCUGGCUGCGACCCCUCCAGUGGGACAUGUUUCUUCCUUGGUGCUCAACAGCUGGGAGGUCAAAAUUUUAGGUUUUCACUCGCAGGACAAUCAGACGGCUACGUUGCUCUCACCCUGUCACGUAACACUACACCGGGAGUCAAUGACACAACCUACAUCUGUGCAAAUAACAACAGUGUAGUCGAAUACAUAAGUGCUCUUCUCAACAACGGCAACCUGACUCGCACAACGCUUAAUGUCAACAAUGUGAAGGACAAAGUCAGUGGAAAGAACAUCCAGUGUCAAUUUGAUGCCACAAUACCAGACUCUACUAGCACCACAACUAGAGCAGACACAAGCACUACAAGUUUCUCAGUGUCAGUCUCCACUGGAACUUACAAUGCCACUUCUAGUGCUUUGGGGAGCCCUACUGCCCAAAUAAGAACUAAUGUGGUAGACCUGAGUAAUGUUACUGCCACCAUCACCAAUUUGAUUAGUUCCAACUCCACCAACACCACCACCACCUCUGCGGCUAAUGCAAUUACAAUCCAGCAAUCACUGAUGCAAGCUUUGCUGAUCACUGUUGGCAUCCUGACUCUGAGCUGGCUAUAAGGAAACUGAAACCUGCCCUACAUUAACAGAUUAAAACUUCCCUAUCCAACCAUGCUACUAUGUUUAAACUCACAGGUUUACUAUCAACAGUAUGUCCCAGACUGCUAUGAUUAAUUUGUGUGAAAGGGUCACAUUACAAAUCAGAAGGACUGGUGGAGGGCAAUCACUUUCAUGAAGCUUUUUUUUGACUGCUUUUACAAGCAGUUAGAGAUUUUGUUGGAAUCUUUUGUAGAACUCUUUAAAACGGUGUGGUAAGAUGGGGCACAACUGAAUUAUUAAGAGUAAACGAACACAUAGUUUGAAUUAAGUGAACCACAAUCACGGCUGUUACCAGUGUGUGUAAUUUAUGCACAUUUUGGGUAAAGGGUCUGGUACCCUUUAAACCCACAUUUUUAUUGUUAAGCAAAAACAUUUGGUGAGUUUAUGGUUACUUUGAUUGUUAAACUGCUAAACUGUGUAAAAACAAACUGCUGGUAAAUUUAUCAAGACAUUUUGUCAAAGAGCUGAAGAACCAAGAGGCUUUUGUUAACCAUUGUUUGCCUUUGUCUACCCUUAGAACACCAAAAGCAAAAUUCAUUUGCUGAUGAUGACAAUGAUGCCAGCAAAUGGCAGAGGUGCAUUUAAAGAAAAUUAUGUUCUGAUAAUAUAUUUCUAUUAUAUGUUGUUGAUAUGAAUGUUGGUUGUUCAGCAGUGCCUUUACGAUGAUGCCUUCAGUGGCUGAUGUUCACAUGUGUUGCUUGCUUUUUAGCAGCUGUUCACAAAUAAUGCUAUAUUUGGUACUACUGAAGAUGCUUGUGUAAUGAUUUUGUAUUACAUGUUUAUGAUUAAAUAUUUAUCAAUAAAUUAUUUUGUGUUUU